AUGCCCGGCACGCCCAGCCUGCUGCCUCCUCUGCUCGCCCUGCUGUGCCUGGGCGCCGCCGAGCCCGACCCCGACCCCGACGAGCCGUGGUGCCCCUACAAGGUGGGCGGCGAUGGAGCGGCGGGGGGGGCGCGGCUGUGCUUCCGCCCGCCGGCCCGCGGCUUCCAGUGCGCGGCUCGGGGGUGCCGCGCCCACCGCUCCGCGGGCGGUGCGCUGGUGGCCAACGUGCUGCGGAACGGCAGCGUGCUGCUGCAGUGGGGGCUGCGGCACUGGGGGCCGCCGCGCCCCGCCGCCGCCCUGCGCGGCUUCGCGCUCAACUGCUCCUGGGACGGCACCUACACGCGCUUCCCCUGCGACAGCGUGGAGCUGGGGGCCGCAUGCCGCGAUUACCUGCUGGCCGAGGCGCACGGCAGCGUGCGCUACCGCCUGUGCCUGCAGCCGCGCUACGCCCCGCCGCGCCCCGCGCCGCCCGCGCAGUGCGUGGAGUUCCGCGUGGAGCCCGCGGCCAUGCGCGACAUCGUCGUGGCCAUGACGGCCGUGGGGGGAUCCAUCUGCGUGAUGCUCGUCUUCAUCUGCCUGCUCGUGGCCUACAUCACCGAGAACCUGAUGAGCCCCGCGCUCGCCCGCGGGGGACACGCGGCGGCCGCUGCGCGCCGCGCGUAGUGCGGGAGGGGACGGAGGUGGUGAGGAUGAGGAUGAGGAUGAGGAUGCGGCGCCCGGCGCUCUCCGGCGAGGGAAGAGGUUUUCCAGACUGUUCUGGGUUUGCCGUGCCCAAACUGGCAGGAUGCGCGUUUCCAGCGGGGUUCGGAGCGCUUCUUCCUCCUGCGGUGGCUUCUCGGCCAGAGCCGUUCGUGGUGAACUCGUGGCAUCUCAGCGGAUCAAAAAACAAUAGCAGAGGUCCGCAAGUGCCAGAAAUCGUCUGUUUUUAAGGGCAAGCGGCAGAUCUUAGCGAGGGCCUGUUUGAAAAGACUCUCCAGAACUACCCUCAUUUUAAGCCUAAAACCUCUUGGUCUUAGACCUGUGCUUGAUUUUUUUCCUGUGGGGUAAAGUUGUUUAAAGUUCAGGUGGGACCACAAACCCCAUAGCUAAGCGUGUGUUUGAUCCAAAGCCCACUUAAUCUCGUGGUUUAGGUGGGUUUUGUAUCAUACCUUACGGUGGUCACAAUUUUUUUUUCCAAAAACCACGGGGGGUUUUCUGGUCGAGGGU